UACGAGACGCAAACACAGCAGACCACCCCCCAUUUAAGGAACAAAACAUAAGAUUUGUAGUUACAGCCCCAUUUAAGACUGCUGGUGACAGUAUGUACAAGAUGAAGACAGGAUCCCAAGGUCCGACAGUUACUUUUAAUAAUCACUUUGUUGGUGUGUCUGCAGAAGAGGAUGUCUAUGCUAAUGCCGAAAUGUGUACUGUGGACGAAAGGCCUGCCACCACAGAAAAGAAAAUUCCCCCCAGUAUUCAGUCUUUGAUACCAGUUGCAGUGUGUUGGGGGAUACUGUUGAUAAUCAUGGCUCUCCGUAUCCACUUUACCUCUGUCAUUUCCACCAUGCUCAGUGAUCAGAUGGAAGGUUCAGAAGAAGCUGUCCAACAGUGCAAAAAUGUCAUCGACAACCUCGCCUUAGCCAAUAAUAACUUGAAGAGUGACCAGAGCACUCAAGACAUCCAGAUAGAAGAACUGGCACAAGCCAAUGCUGUCUUAAAGGGAAAAAUCACACAACUGAGAGAAGAAAACCAGCAGGUGAAGACAGAAAACCAGCAACUGAAGGAGGAAAACCAACAGGUGAAGGACGAAAACCAGAAGGUGAAGGCAGAAAACCAGCAACUGAAGGAGGAAAACCAACAGGUGAAGGACGAAAACCAGAAGGUGAAGGCAGAAAACCAGCAACUGAAGGAUGAAAACCAACAGGUGAAGGACGAAAACCAGAAGGUGAAAGCUGAAAACCAGAAGGUGAAGGCAGAAAACCAGCAACUGAAGGAUGAAAACCAACGAGUGAAGGACGAAAACCAGAAGAUGCACGAUAACUUUUCUUUAAAACCGAUACCGACAACUGAUAACUUCCAGCUCCUAAAGGCCAAUACCGAUACCACACACACAUAUACAUAUGAUCGUGACCUAAGAUCAUGACAUUAAUACUAUUAACAAACCCAAAAACACUUUUAACUCUUUAAAUGGAGAUAUUUAUUUUUUCCAAUGAAAAACUAUUGACAAGCCUCUCAAAGAAACAUAAAGGCCCCUUGAACUGAUGCAAAUACAUGCAUUGGGAUUACAAACUGAAAAAGUGCAUUCCAGAAGUUAAAAAAAAAAAAAGUAUAGAAAAUUGAUGCACUGACACAAAUUAGAUUCAAACAUUUUUACGUAAACACAAUCUGAAAAAGUGCAUUCCUCAAUAACAAUAAAUAAAAUGUGAAUAAUGCACUGACACAAGUUACACUGAAAAAGUGCAUUCCAUAGUAACAAAAAAUUAAGUUUAACUGAUUUUGGCUUAUGGUUCCAUUCAAAUGAAUACCUUUUCACUAAGAGAGAGAGAGAGAGAGAGACUGAUGGCUAUGUUUCAGGUGACUUAUCAGGUUUGACGUAUUGAAGCUUGUGCUACUUUUACCUCCUCGUGGAACUUGCUUGGAACAUUUGUUACAAAUAACAAGCGACCUGUCUUCUUCAGAAACUUUGAAAAAGUCUCACACAAUUGACGCCAUGUUGUCUGUUUUCAAAUGUAAGCACGCCGUGCUGCAUUUACGGUGUGACGGAAAUUCCCUGUUCCCACGUUUGCUAGUUGUUAUUUCGACCUUUUGUUCAUGUUGCUAUUGUUUAUGUGUAACAUGUGGAAAUAUACUGUGGAUAUCAAUUCAAGUCAGCAACUACCAAAAUUAUGACCGAGUUAACAAGUUUUUUUCCGACAUGAGGGGGUAUUCUUGAAUUUUCCCAGUCAGAAUGAGUUUUUCUGAUUAUGCCAACGUCACUUGAACGCAGCAUUCAGUGCAGGCCAUUCAGGUCUCAUAGUGAGAGCGGGGCACUGCCGUGCUGACAAAAUUAUGUAUGUUAUCGGGGCUAUUCGUCAUGAUAUCGGACUUAUUGGAAUGACGUAAUAAUUUCCUGUUAACGGCCCGAUAACUAUCGGCCCGAUAAUUAUCGUGCACCCCUACCAGAAGGUGAAGAGCGAAAACCAACAGGUGAAGGACAAAAACCAGCAAGUGAAGGCAGAAAACGACCAGCUAAAGGCAGAAUAGAUACAGAAUAGUGUUUACUAACCUUUUUACAAUGGCUUAGUGCUUGUCAUUGUAAAAAAGUUGAGUCAAAUUCAGCUCAGUUCAGAACACGACCUGACCUUGCCAAGUGUUACCUUGCACACGUCCCCUUCUCUCUCUCCUCUGCCCUCUCACUCUCUCCUAAAUGGACAGCGUGGCUUCGGGGCUUGCAGGCUAAUCACAUUAAAGUGCUGUGGCAUUGGCGCACCCCCACCAACUUGGACAUCCAUCAGUUCUUCAAGUACAAUAAAUAAAUAAAUAAAACCACAGCUAGAGGUUUGAAAUAGUAAACAGUUAUUGCUUGUUUAUCAGUUAGUAUGAUAAUUAUGUAUAUAAUUAAUACAUAAAGCUGCGGGCAUUUUCUCCAUGUAAAUAAAAUUGUAAAUAGUUUAUAGUUUGUAAUUGAAUAAUGUACAAUUGAAUGUUGAUUUCUUUUCCAUAAUGAUUUGUAUCCCACACCAGUACAUUAGUAUUAUUAUUAUGAAAGUAAAUAUUUAUAGGGCUAUAUAAUUUGUUUUCAGAUGUUCAAAUUCAAAUAUGUCAUAAGUAUAUAAAAAUAUGUGAGUAUAUUUUUAAAAUUUGAGAUUUUUCUUACUAAUCUGUAUAUAAAUAUAUUUUACAUUUACUUGUACAAUAUAAACGUCUGUUUACCAUGCCAAUAAAGACCCUUUGUAUUGAA